AUGGACAUACCGAGGACCACCCAAGGACCGCCCGAGGACCGCCCGAGGACUGUCCGAGGAGAUACCAAGGACCGCCCGAGGGCCGUCCGAGGACCGUCUGAGGACCGUCCGAGGACCGUCCGAGGACAGCCCAAGGACCGCCCAAGGACCGCCCGAGGACAGCCCAAGGACCGCCCGAGGACCGUCCGAGGACAGCCCGAGGACCGCCCGAGGACCGUCCGAGGACCGCCCGAGGACCGCCCGAGGACCGUCCGAGGACCGCCCGGGGACCGCCCGAGGACCGCCCGAGGACCGUCCGAGGACCGCCCGAGGACUGUCCGAGGAGAUACCAAGGACCGCCCAAGGACCGUCCGAGGACCGCCCGAGGACAGCCCAAGGACCGCCCGAGGACCGCCCAAGGACCGCCCAAGGACCGCCCAAGGACCGCCCGAGGACAGUCCGAGGACCGCCCGAGGACCGUCCGAGGACAGCCCAAGGACCGCCCGAGGACCGUCCGAGGACAGCCCAAGGACCGCCCGAGGACAGCCCGAGGACCGCCCGAGGACCGUCCGAGGAUCGCCCGAGGAUUGCCCGAGGACCGCCGGAGGAGAUACCAAGGACCGCCCGAGGACCGCCCGAGGACCGUCCGAGGACCGCCCGAGGACCGCCCGAGGACCGCCCGAGGACCGCCCGAGGAGAUACCAAGGACCGCCCGAGGACCGCCCGAGGACCGCAGAGGGCCGUCCGAGGACCGUCCGAGGACCGCCCGAGGACCGCCCGAGGAUCGCCCGAGGAACGCCCGAGGAGAUACCAAGGACCGCCCGAGGAUCGCCCGAGGACCGCCCGAGGACCGCAGAGGGCCGUCCGACCUAA